AUGGAGCAGUUUACACUCCGAGUUCCACCUUCUGUUGCUGAGCGAAUAGACUUCCUUUUGAGUGAGAAUGCCUCUUCUUCUGAAGACAAAUCAUUGGAUUUAUCUUUCUCGGGUCUGGUGUAUACAACAUUACCGGCUCAUGUGGAGAGACUGUUUUUGAAACUUGAAUAUUUGCCGCCCAGGACAUAAUGGAGCAACCUUAUCUCUACAUUAUUUAGAAUAUUUGUGCAUGUGUUUUGAGGGGAGGAUUGAAUAAAUAUCUUGGUUGGCUUUUAUAAUUUUCUAUUCAAUGGAUCAUAAAGAGUUAUAGGUAUUUUUGAGCUUUUGAAGCAAUGAGAACGUUGAAAAAGAAUCUUCUUGGUGGUUUGUAGUUGCAACUUCAAUAGAACAUGAUGAGAAGAGGCUGAUCCAUGAGGCCCUUUCAAAUAGUGAGCCAAAUGCCAUGUGUUGUAGGAGAUGUGGUAUUAAGGACACCACCUAAUUAUUUUUGGAUUUUUAGGAUCCAGGGUGGAAGUCAUCUUGAAUAGUUACUUCAGGAGA